UUUUAUGCAGCAAGUGCGCUACUGUUUAUAUUGGGCCCAACCCGCAACGCUCUCCAGCCCAUUUCCACUAUGAGUGAACUGAAUUGGUUUGAACUUUAGAGGCGCUGCUGCAUAGACUUCACCCUUUCACUUAUCAAAUCCCAACUCCACCGUGGGAACCAAAAACAAAAGCAAAAUGUUCUCAUUAUCUUCACCACCGGCGGCAGCCACAAUAUCGACCUUCUUCCAUUCCAGGUUCCGCGUCUCUAAUGCCGCUGCCGCCAGGGUGUCAAACCAGCACAGACGGCGUCUCAGCGUGGUGGCGAAAGCGGAGGAGAGCGGCGGAGUAGGCGCGGUAGAGAAAGCUGCAAUAGCAGGGGGAUUGAUCGCGAACCCAGUGAUCGCUUGGUCGCUGUACACCCUCAAGACCACCGGCUGCGGGCUCCCGCCGGGGCCGGGCGGCUCCAUCGGGGCGAUUGAGGGAAUUAGUUACUUGGCGGUGGUGGGAAUCAUUGGGUGGUCGGUCUAUACCAAGUCCAAAACCGGGUCGGGUCUUCCCCAAGGCCCGUUCGGGUUGCUUGGAGCCGUGGAAGGGCUGUCUUACCUGUCGUUGGUCGCGAUCUUGGUGGUUUUCGGGCUGCAGUUUCUGGGUACAGGCUACAUUCCGGGUCCUGUUCCGGUUCCCGGCGAUCAGUGCUUUGGGUGAAUAGAGCUGAGGGAAGUAAAUGUGUUCUUAUCUUGAAUGUGUGGUGGCCUUUAAUUUAUGAAAAACCCUUUUGUAUACCCAAAAAUGAAAAAUGGAAUCUUUCUUGGUUGCAACUGGUCCAUUUUCUUGCUACCCUUUCUGUGUUCAAUUCAGGAACUUACUGCAUCCGCCUCGAAGGGGAUAUCGAACAGCUCCAUAAAAAAAUCUCGAUAAUUACCGAUAAUUGAAAUAUGGUAUUGGAGGUUGUAUAAGAAAAGUCAUAAAAAAAU